CAGGCCAACCAUUGUCGUCCAGAUGCCGCUGCGUCCAUCCACUCUCCCUAUCUCCUCUACUCUCCUAAGCCUCCUUCGUUAAAUGGCAGAACCGAGGGAGGGCAAGCAGACAUACAAGCAGAGCAGCCAUGGCUACCCUCCACAUGUUCCUCGGCCUCCUCCUCCUCUCCAUGCACACCAUUCCUCCUAGCAUAGCCACAAAAGACGAUACUCUCGCGCCAGGCCAGCCAUUUGCCGUCGGCGACAAGCUCGUCUCCAGCAACGGCAAGUUCGCGCUUGGCUUCUUCCAGCCCAGUGCCGGCAACACCAGCAAGUCAUCCACCUCUCCACAUUGGUACCUUGCCAUAUGGUUCAACAAGAUCCAUGUCAUCACUCCCGUUUGGGUCGCCAACCGGGAGACGCCAAUCGCCGGACCCGAUCUGAGAGCAACGCAGCUUCAAGUCUCAGAAGAUGGCAACCUUGUCGUUUUAAACAACGCCACCCAAUCCGUUGUCUGGUCCACCAACAUCACCAAUACAAGAACCAACACCAACAUCUCCAAUGCUAGAACCAACACCAGCAACACGAGGGCCAUCCUCUUGGGCAGUGGGAACCUCGUCAUAGAAAGCCUGUCAAGCGAGGUGCUGUGGCAGAGCUUCGACGACCCAACCGACGUCCUGCUCCCAGGCGCCAAGAUCGGCUGGAACAAGGUCACCGGCCUGAACCGUCUCGGCAUCUCGUGGAAGAGCCGGAUUGAUCCGGGCCUCGGCUCCUUCAGCGUGGGGCUGGUAACCAAUGGCACCAGGAUGGUGACGGCCAGGCGUCGAGGCUACCCUUCCGAAGUGUACUGGUGGUGGUCGCCUGACGACCACUCGUCGAUGCAGAUCCCAGCAAUCACGAAGCUGCUGCAAAUGAGCCCACAGACCAGCAUGGUCGUCCCAGAAUACGUCAACAACAGGGAGGAGGAGUACUACAUGUACACCUCACCAGAUGAGAUCUCUUCGUUCCUCUUCAUGGACGUGUUUGGUCAGGCCAGGCUGAACGUGUGGUCGCAAGACAACCAGGCAUGGCAUAGCAUCUACGUCAACCCAGCCGAUCCCUGCACCCCAUACGCCGCCUGCGGACCGUUCACCGUCUGCACCGGCAGCUCGCACCCGCCAUGCGAGUGCGUGGAGAGCUUCUCCAGAACGUCGCCUCAGGAUUGGGAGCUCGGUGACCGGACAGGAGGGUGCUCCAGAAACACUCCGCUGGAUUGCAAUGGCAACAGGAGUUCCACAGACGUGUUCCACCCCAUAGCUCGUGUGGCAUUGCCCUAUGGUCCCCAGAGUUUACAGCAUGCUCCUGCAAAUCGGAGCGAAUGCGAAUGGGCCUGCCUCACCAACUGCUCCUGCACUGCUUACUCCUACCAUGACAGCAAAUGCUCUGUUUGGCAAGGGGAGUUGUUCAGUGUAAACAAGGAUGAUGGCAUCGAGAUCAGCUCUGAAUAUACUCUGUAUAUUCGCCUUGCUGCCGGAGAUGUUCCGAGUUCAACAAGAGAUGGUAAAAGAAAACCAGCAGCUGGAGCUGUUAUUGCUGCAAGCGUUAUCAGUUUUGGGUUGCUGAUGCUCAUGCUGCUACUGGUGAUCUUAAGGAACAGAUUCAACUGGUGUGGUAUGUCAUCACAGGACACCAAUCAAGGUAGUGUUGGAGUUGUUGCCUUUAGAUACGCCGAUUUGGGCCGUGCUACAAAGAAUUUCUCAGUGAAGCUAGGAGCAGGAGGUUUUGGGACUGUAUUUAAGGGAGUUCUAAGUGACCUGACUAGUGUAGCAGUGAAAAGGCUUGAAGGUGCGCGUCAGGGAGAGAAGCAAUUCAGGGCAGAGGUAAGUGCACUUGGACUGAUCCAGCACAUCAACCUGGUCAAAUUGGUUGGUUUCUGUUGUCAUGGUGAUAAGAGGCUACUUGUAUAUGAACACAUGUGCAAUGGUUCUCUUGAUUCCCAUCUGUUCCAAAGCAAUGGUAUAGUCCUCAACUGGAGCACCAGAUAUCAGAUAGCCAUCGGAGUUGCUAGAGGAUUGUCCUACCUGCAUCAGAGUUGCCGCGAAUGCAUCAUACACUGCGAUAUCAAGCCAGAAAAUGUACUUCUCGAUGAAUCGUUUGUCCCUAAAAUUGCAGACUUUGGGUUGGCAUCGGUCAUAGGAAGGGAUUUUAGCCGGGUUCUAACUACAUUCAGGGGAACUACAGGGUAUCUUGCCCCAGAGUGGCUUAGCGGGGUUGCUAUUACAUCAAAAGUCGAUGUUUACAGCUUUGGCAUGGUACUGAUAGAAAUCAUAUCGGGAAGAAGGAAUGCGUCUGUUGUGAACACUAGCAGCAACGACCAUGUCACUUUUUUCCCUGUGCAAGCCAUCAACAAGCUUCAUGAGGGAGAUGUGCAGAGCUUGGUAGAUCCAGAAUUACAUGGUGACUUUAACUUGGAUGAGGUUGAAAGAGUUUGCAAUGUAGCAUGUUGGUGUAUCCAGGAUAAUGAGCUGGAGCGGCCAACAAUGGGUGAAGUGGUCAGAGUUCUUGAGGGUCUAAUGGAGCUUGAUAUGCCUCCGAUGCCAAGACUGCUUGCGGCUAUAACAACAUAAUGCUCUGAUGUCACUUCGAUGUAAUAAUUCUAACUAUUUGUAUUGUGUAUGCUACCUUUAUUUGCUUCAGCAAAUUUUAUGGUUCUCGUUUGGACGUGUAAUAGCUCAAAGGUCAUAUAAGAUUAUAAAUAAUUUUU